AUGUAUUUGAAGGAUGUGGCGGCAAGGCAUUUGAUCGAGGAGGGGGCAGAGUUUGAUGAUGAUGAUGAGGAGGAGGAGGAGAAGGAGGAGAAGAGGGUGAAGAGUUAUAAAGAGGAGCAAGAGGAGUUGAGGAGGGAGUUCCUGGAUGCGGCCGAGGCGGCUUUGGAUGACGAUGAUGGUGGAGAGUUGUUGAAAGAGAGAGCAAGGAAUGGUACGGGGGAUGAUGAUGAUGAUGAUGAUAUGGGCGAGGUUGAGAAGAAAUUGAAUGAGUAUUUUGGAGAAGAUGGAAAUUUGGAUGAGAAUGAGAAGUUUUUGAAGGAGUAUUUUAGGAAUAGGAUGUGGGUUGGUGAUGAGGGUAAUAGUACGGGAGUGAAGGAUUUGGAUGGGAAUGAGGAUUUGGGUUUGUCGGAGGACGAGGAAGAGGUUGAGAAGCAAGAGGAUUACGAGAUUACAUUAAGGACCAAUUUACAAUCUGUCCAAGUUACUCAUAUGGCUGAUGAUGAAUCAAUGACAUAAAUAAUGAUGAUGAUAAUAAUUCUUUUGCUUGUCUAGUAGAGAGUCUCGAGACCCCUAUGAAGAUGAUGGUACUACAUCAGCACUGACACUAACUUUAGGUGACUUCUAGAACAGCAUGACGAAAUAAUGGCGGAACAGUUGUCCUCUCGUAAAGGAAAAGAGAAAAAUCAAUAAUGUUCUAACGUCCAACCAACUUUCAGUGAAAGAUCCCACUCAUGGGAUAGGAACUCAAUUAUGGAUGAUAUUUUACACUCAUCUUUCGAUGGAAGAAAUCUGUGACGAUGGGGCUCAGAGUCCACACGGCGAAUCUCCAUCUUAUUUUAAUUUGAGUGGAAUUUCAUUGUAAUUUUCAUUUGAAUUUCAUGUAAAGAGUCCUUUAUAAAAAGAACGCGUCUGUCUUUGUAA